AAAAAGUAUAAAUAGUUCUCCUGUUAAAAACCCUACUGUCAACGUAACAAGAUUCAAGCUUUUCAUAUUGCAAUUGCUGCAGAACUCAAAUUCGCGCACCCACUUUCUCCGCAGUGUGUGCGUUUAUCUACAACGUUUCGGAGCAGAGAAACCCUAAUUGGUUCCGGGUUGUGACAUGCGCCCAGUUUUUCAAAAUGCCCACAAGCUGUUUGUAAGAUUUCCCAAACGAAAUUUCUCAGCCAGAACCUCAACAUACAAUGUAACUCGGAGCUCGCAUUUGCAAGAUCAAGUCCAUUGUAUUUGUGGGAAUGAAGACGAUAACGUAGUGUCAUGGACAUUGAUGAUUUCAAAUUUCGUUAAGAGAAACCAGCCCCAGAAGGCCAUUGAGCUUUUCAAGAGAAUGCUUACAAGCAAUCUAAAGCCCAACUAUGUGACAGUUCUAAGCUCCAUUCGAGCAUCUUCAUAUAUGGACUCAGACAAUUUGACAAUGGGGAUUCACUGUUUUGCUAUAAAAAUGGGAUUUGAAUUGGAAAUGCCGAUUAUAACAGCUCUUCUUGGUUUUUAUUCUGUUUGGGACAUGGAAGCUGCGUGGAAGUUGUUUCUACAGGCACCAGAGAAAGAUGCAAUUAUGUGGAGUGCAAUGAUUUCAGCUUUUGUGAAGAUUGGAGAGUAUAUUUUGGCCAUUGACCUUUUUAAAGAAAUGCAAUUCUGUGGUGUUCUACUAAAUUAUGUUACCAUUUUGAUUAUUAUGCAGGCUUGUGCAAAUCUUGGCAAUUUGAGAAUUGGGAGAGAACUUCAUGGUUUUUCCAUUAAAAGAUCAUUCACUUCCCAUCUCAAUAUUCAGAAUUCGCUUGUGGAUAUGUACACCAAGUGUGGGAGUUUGAAAGAGGCAAUUUAUGUUUUUCGACACAUAGAACAGAAGGAUCUUGUUUCUUGGAAAAAUAUUAUUCUUGGGUGCGUAAAAAAUCACUGCCAUAGAAAAGCUUUGAUAUUUUUCCAUGAGAUGCAGUUUUGUUGCUUUGACAUAGAUGAAACUAUCAUAACGGAAGUGAUUGGAGCGUCCUCCAAAUUGAAUGAGACAAAAGCUGGACUGGGAAUUCAUUGCUUUGCACUAAAGUCGGGAUUUUUGAAAUGUAUUCCUGUCGUGACUGCACUUCUUCAAAUGUAUGCUAACUUUGGUAAUAUUGAAUCAUCAAGGAUUUUAUUUGAUUCUCUCAGCCAAAAAGAUAUCAUUGCUUGGAGUGCAAUGAUCUCAGCUUAUGCCCAGAGCGAGCAACCCAGUAAUGCUCUGGCUGUAUUUAGACGGAUGCAAUUGGAGCAUGGGAAGCCUAAUGAAUUUGCUUUUCAUAGUUUACUACAGGCUUGUUCUUCAAUGGCAGCACAAGAUGUUGGAGAAACUAUACAUACACAAGUUAUGAAACUUGGUUAUACAUCUAAUGCAUUUUUAGCAUCUGGACUAAUUGAUAUGUAUUGUAAAUUUGGAAGAAUACACCAGGGGAAAACCAUUUUUGAUGAAAAUCCUGACAAAGAUCUCAUAUGUUGGAGUUCGAUGAUCAAUGGUUAUGGGAUGAAUGGUCAUGGAAAUGAGGCUCUUGAGUGUUUCUUGGACAUGUUGUCUCAUGGGAUACAGCCAAAUGAUGUUGUUUUCAUAUCUGUCCUGUCUGCUUGUAGUCACUGUGGCCUUGAAUACGAGGGUUGGAACUGGUUCCACGCAAUGGAAGAGAAAUAUGAUAUUACUCCGAAACUUGCACACUAUGCUUGUAUGGUGGACAUGCUUAGCCGUCAAGGGAACGUAGAAGAAGCUCUCGAGUUUGUGAAUAAAAUGCCCAUUGAGCCAGAUAAGCGGAUAUGGGGAGCUCUGCUUGCUGGAUGUAGAAAAACUCAUGGAUCGAGUGAAAUUUCUGAACUAGUUGCCAAACAGCUUAUUUCUUUGGACCCAACAAACGCGAGCUAUUAUGUCAUUCUAUCAAACUUAUAUGCGGAUCAGGGCAGAUGGGAUGAGGUAGAAAAGUUGAGGCAACUGAUGGAUGGAAAGAAGAGAAAGAAAGGGAUGGGUUAUAGUGUCGUCGAAGUCAAUAACUCGAUGCAUAGAAUGGAAUUCUAAUGAAGAUCAGAGCAGGAAUAUAUUCAGCAUUCUCGUGUCAUUAUUGAUGUUCUUCACAGAUCAAUUGCCCAUUCCAGCUCCUAGCUAAGUGCGCCAAGACCAGGAAUAUAUUCUAUUGUGCA